AUGAAGCAUAAAGGGAGAAACGUUGUGUGGUCCGUUGGAAUGGAUAAGUGUCUGAUCGAAGCUUUGGCUGUCCAGGCGAAGAACGGGAACAAGAUAGACAAAUGCUUCAACGAGCAGGCCUACACUGCCGCUUGCGUUGCGGUCAAUGCUCGCUUCAAUCGAAACUUGAAUAACCAGAAAGUCAUCAAUCGUCUCAAGACGAUCAAGAAAAGGUACAAAGUAAUGAAAGACAUACUUAGUCGAGAUGGUUUCUGGUGGAACUCAACCACGAAAACGAUCGACUGUGACAGUGACGAGCUCUGGAAAAGAUAUAUUGCUGUACACCCAGAUGCAAAAGCAUUCAAGGGAAAGCAAAUUGAGAUGUACGAGGAACUUAGAAUAGUAUGCGGUGAUAAUAAACAAGCUCCAGCUCGGUUUAACAAGGUGAAGACUGAAAGCGAUCAUCAUCUAAACGACUCUUUUUCAUUCCCUUUACCAAGCUCAGAAGAUCAUAGCGAUACAGAUGGAACAGAGUCCUACACUGGACCAGAUGAGUAUCUGCAUGAAGAGUCUCCUCCUCCUCCUCCUACAAACCCUCUGAGGCAACCACCUAUUAAGCGACCUCGAAGCUCGGAUCCGUUCCAAGAAGCGAUGCUGGAGAUUGCUUCAAGCAUUCGUCGCUUAGCUGAUGCGGUGGACCAGAGCAAGACUUUGAUCAAUACAGAGGAACUGUUGGAAGCUGUGAUGGAGAUUGAUGGGUUGGAAGAAGCGAAACAGAUGUAUGCGUUUGAGUAUCUGAAUGGUGAUCCAGUCAAAGCUAGAGCUUUCAUGGCGUAUAAUAGGAGGAUGAGGAAGCUGUUCUUGUUUCGACAGUUUUGGUGGUGGAAGUAA